AUGCCCGGGAUUAUGGACCGGAAUCAGAAUGGAAUCUUUGGGAUAUUCUGGAAGUGUGCUCGUGUUGGAGAACGACUGAGCCCCUAUGUUAGCAUUUGCUGCGUUCUCAUGGCAGUUUCCAUCUUCUUCGGUGGCUAA